GAGAAUAUGCCUUUGAGCUGCAUCUGAGAUGGCACAACUAGUAGGUGCAGAUGAGAUAGAGUCUCUAAGAAUUGAGUUGGCUGAGAUAGGAAGGAGCAUAAGGUCCUCAUUUAGAAGCCAUGCCUCUAGUUUUCAGAGCAUUUCAAGCAUAAAUCCUGUUGAACAAGAUGAUAAUGAGGAGACAGAAGGGUUACAAUGGGCUGAACUUCAGAGGUUACCAACCUGUGAGAGAAUUACUUCAGCUUUGUUUGAUGUUUAUGAUGGCAUGGAAACAUAUGAGAAAAGUAAAGGGAAGCAGGUUGUUGAUGUCACCAGGCUUGGAGCUCAAGAACGGCACAUGUUCAUAGAAAAGCUUAUUAAGCACAUUGAAAAUGAUAAUCUUCUACUGCUGCAGAAACUCAGGAAAAGAAUUGACAAAGUUGGUAUUAAGCUGCCCACAGUGGAAGUGAGGUAUCACAAUCUGUGUGUAGAAGCUGAGUGUAGGAUAGUUAAAGGCAAACCCAUACCUACGCUGUGGAAUACCCUGAAAGAGUUUAUCUUUGACACCACUAAAUUAUCAGUUCUGAAUUCUCAAGAUUUGAAGAUAAGCAUCAUCAAACAUGUCAGUGGCAUUAUUAAGCCGAGAAGGAUGACCUUAUUGCUUGGUCCACCAGCAAGUGGUAAAACAACUUUAUUGUUGGCAUUGGCAGGAAAAUUAAGUCAUUCUCUCAAGGUUCAAGGGGACAUUUCUUACAAUGGACACAUACUAGAAGAGUUCAUCCCUCAGAAAUCAUCAGCAUAUGUAAGCCAAUAUGAUUUGCAUAUUCCAGAGAUGACUGUGAGGGAAACAAUUGAUUUCUCAGCACGUUGUCAAGGUGUAGGAAGCCGAGCAGAACUCCUAAUGGAAGUCAGUAGAAGGGAGAAAGACGCAGGAAUAGUUCCUGAUCCUGAUUUAGAUGCAUAUAUGAAGGCAACAUCAAUUAACGGACUGGAGAGUAGCCUUCAGACAGACUAUAUUUUAAAGAUACUUGGUCUUGAUAUAUGUGCUGAUACAUUAGUAGGAGAUCCAAUAAGAAGAGGUAUAUCUGGUGGUCAAAAGAAAAGGUUAACUACAGGAGAGAUGAUUGUUGGACCAACAAAAGCACUAUUUAUGGAUGAAAUAUCCAAUGGUUUAGACAGUUCCACUACUUUCCAGAUUAUCUCUUGUAUUCAGCAUCUAGUGCAUAUCACAGAUGCCACUGCAUUAAUUUCACUCCUUCAACCAGCACCAGAGACCUUUGAUCUCUUUGACGAUGUUAUCUUAAUGGCAGAAGGAAAAAUUGUGUACCACGGUCCACGGGAUUGCAUACUUGAGUUCUUUGAGGAAUGUGGCUUUAAAUGUCCUCAAAGAAAAGGCACUGCUGACUUUCUUCAGGAAGUUAUCUCGAAGAAAGAUCAAGCACGGUAUUGGACUAGCACAGAAAAACCUUACAGUUAUGUUUCGAUUGACCGGUUCAUUGAGAAAUUUAAGGAUAGCCCAUUAGGUAAAAAGUUGGAGGAGGAGCUCUUGAAGCCGUUUGAUAAGUCUCAGAGCCACAACAAUGAUGCCCUUGUAUCUAAAAAGUUCUCAUUAUCAAAAUGGGAAUUAUUUAAGGCUUGCAUCAUGAGGGAAAUUCUUCUAAUGAAAAGAAACUCGUUCGUCUAUGUAUUCAAGUCAACACAGCUUGUCAUCGUUGCAUUUGUAGCAAUGACUGUUUUCAUUCGAACACGAAUGGCUGUUGAUGUGGUCCAUGGGAAUUAUUUCAUGGGUUCGUUGUUUUAUUCACUCGUCAUUCUUCUGGUUGAUGGAUUUCCAGAACUAUCUAUGACAGUAUCAAGACUUGCAGUUAUUUACAAGCAAAAAGAGUUGUGCUUUUUUCCUGCGUGGGCUUAUACAAUACCAUCUGCUGUUUUAAAGAUUCCACUUUCAUUGUUGGAAUCUUUUAUUUGGACAUCCCUUUCUUAUUACGUCAUUGGUUACAGCCCCGAGAUUGGAAGAUUCUUUCGCCAGUUCCUUCUCUUGUUUGUCAUACACAUGACUUCGGUAUCCAUGUUUCGAUUUAUUGCCUCAAUUUUUCAGACUGUGGUUGCUUCUGUGACAUUUGGUACUGUGGCCAUAGUAAUUGUUUUACUAUUUGGUGGCUUCAUCAUUCCAAAGCCAUAUAUGCCGUCUUGGUUGCGAUGGGGAUUUUGGGUUUCUCCUGUGUCGUAUGGAGAGAUAGGCUUAACUGUGAAUGAAUUUCUUGCUCCUAGGUGGGAAAAGAUGUCUGCAAAUAGCACAAUGGGUCAGCAAGUACUUGAUAACCGGGGGCUAAACUUUGAUGGUUACUUUUAUUGGAUAUCAAUUGCUGCCUUAAUUGGAUUCACAGUGCUGUUCAAUGUAGGUUUUACCUUGAUGCUGACUUUCUUGAAUUCUCCUGCGAGAUCUCGAACACUUAUAUCUUCUGAGAAGCAUCCAGAGUUACAGGAACAGCAAGAAAACAACAGUAGCAUUGGUGCAGACAAGAAACAUGUUGCUUCUCUGAUUGAAAAUACUGUAGAAACCAGAACACGAGGAUUGGUUCUACCUUUCCAGCCACUGGCAGUAGCAUUUCAUGAUGUCCAAUACUAUGUUGAUACUCCUUUGGAAAUGAGAAAUAGAGGUUUUACUGAGAGAAGGCUUCAGCUCCUUUCUGACAUCACAGGUUCAUUUAGACCUGGCAUACUAACAGCGCUGAUGGGAGUGAGCGGAGCAGGGAAAACAACUUUGAUGGAUGUCCUGUGUGGAAGAAAGACUGGUGGUAUUAUAGAAGGAGAGAUUAGAAUUGGUGGCUACCCUAAGGUUCAGGAAACAUUUGCCAGAGUAUCAGGUUACUGUGAACAAAAUGACAUACAUUCUCCAAACAUAACAGUAGAGGAAUCUGUGGUUUUUUCUGCUUGGCUACGGCUUCCUUCUCAGAUUGAUGCCAAAACUAAAGCUGAAUUUGUGAAUGAAGUCAUUCAUACUAUUGAGCUGGAUGGGGUCAAAGAUUCUUUAGUAGGCAUGCCAAAUAUUAGUGGUUUAUCCACUGAACAAAGAAAAAGGCUGACGAUAGCCAUUGAACUUGUUGCUAAUCCUUCAAUUAUAUUUAUGGAUGAACCAACUACAGGUCUAGAUGCAAGGGCAGCUGCAGUUGUAAUGAGAGCAGUGAAGAAUGUAGUUGGAACAGGAAGAACUGUCGCAUGCACAAUUCACCAGCCAAGUAUUGAUAUAUUUGAGGCAUUUGAUGAGCUUAUUCUCAUGAAAGCUGGAGGGCGUUUAAUCUAUGCUGGUCCACUCGGGAAGCAUUCGAGUAGAGUCAUUGAAUACUUUGAGAGAAUACCGGGAGUGCAAAAGAUUAAAGACAACUACAACCCAUCAACAUGGAUGCUAGAGGUUACUUCAAGAUCAGCAGAAUCUGAACUCGGAGUAGAUUUUGCCCAAAUUUAUAGGGAAUCAGCCUUAUAUGAACAGAACAAAGAGUUGGUUGAGCAAUUAAGCACACCACCACCAGACUCCAGAGAUUUGUAUUUUCCAUCUCAUUUUCCACAAAAUGGUUGGGAACAGUUCAAAGCAUGUUUGUGGAAACAACAUUUGUCCUAUUGGAGAAGUCCUUCAUACAACUUGACUCGCAUCAUUUUUGUGACUGCCAUGUCUCUUCUGUUUGGAAUACUGUUCUGGAAGAAAGGAAAGAAAAUAAAUAGCCAACAAGAUUUGUUCAAUGUAUUUGGUGCAAUGUACUCUGCUGUACUUUUCUUUGGGAUAAAUAACUGCUCAUCAGUUUUGCCCUAUGUGGCCACAGAGCGCAGUGUUCUGUACCGUGAAAAAUAUGCUGGAAUGUACUCUCCCUGGGCCUAUUCUUUUGCACAGGUCCUAAUUGAGGUUCCCUAUCUAGUCAUUCAAGCUGUUGUAUAUGUGAUAAUCACAUAUCCUAUGUUGGGCUAUGAUUGGUCUGCUUAUAAAGUAUUUUGGUCACUCUACAGUAUGUUCUGCAAUUUGUUAUACUUCAAUUAUCUAGGGAUGCUCCUUGUUUCAUUGACACCAAAUGUUCAGUUGGCUUCUAUUGUGGCUUCAUCUUCCUACACCAUGCUCAAUUUAUUUUGUGGGUACUUUGUACCACGACCUCAAAUUCCCAAGUGGUGGAUUUGGAUGUAUUAUUUAUGCCCUGUGUCUUGGACAUUGAAUGGGAUGCUUACUUCACAGUAUGGAGAUGCAGACAAAGAAAUAUCAGCCUUUGAAGAAAAUAAAAGAAUUGUCCAAUUUUUGGAAGAUUAUUAUGGGUUUCACCAUGAUUUUCUUAGUGUAAUUGGUGUGGUUUUAAUUGUCUUCCCUAUUUCAAUUGCCAUUUUAUUUGCAUAUUGUAUUGGAAAACUCAAUUUCCAAAAGAGAUAAAAUGUAGUGCCCAUUAUGAUAUCAAGAAUAAGAAAAUAUUGCAAUAUUAUGCAGA